UCUGCCUUUCUUUUUAACUUUCCUAUUUUAAAUAAAUUUCCUGUUCAAAAAAAUGCCGACAAGUGAAAGUGACGCACUUUUACAUGAAGGCUCCAAUGGACAUUUCGACAUGUCUGCAAAAGAACUUAGUGAUCUUAUUGACCCAAAGAACUUUGACUUACUAAAGAAGAUUGGUGGUGUAAAAGCCAUUUGCAAAAAGAUUGGCGUUGAUACCUCGGUUGGUCUUUCUGCCGAUGAAGGCUCAAGCUCUUCCAGUGAGCAAGCGUUUGCUGAUCGUCAAGCUCAUUUCGGCCGUAAUGUUUUACCCGAACCCCCAAGCAAGACCUUUUUACAACUCUUAUGGGCUGCUUAUAACGAUAAGACUUUAAUCAUGUUGAGUAUCGCUUCUUUAGUUUCGUUGGCAGUAGGUAUCUGGGAAGAUUAUUCUCCUCGUCAUCCUGAAGAUGAACCUCGUGUUGGAUGGGUUGAAGGCACAGCAAUUAUUGUGGCUGUGUUGGCUGUAAUUCUUACAAAUGCCGUCAACGAUUAUCAAAAGGAAGCACAAUUUAAAAAAUUAAAUGCAAAGAAGGAAGAUAGAACAGUCAAAGUCUUAAGAAGUGGACGUGAACAACAAAUUAGUGUUUAUGAUUUAAACGUCGGUGACGUAUUAAUGUUAGAACCUGGAGAUAUUAUUCCUGUUGACGGUCUCUUCUUGGAAGGUCAUAACAUGGCUUGUGAUGAAUCUUCUGCUACCGGUGAAUCCGAUACCAUGAAGAAGCAACCUGAAGAAAAGGGUGAUUGUUUCAUUCUUUCUGGUUCAAAGGUACUUGAAGGUGUAGGUCGUGCUGUUGUAAUUGCCGUGGGUGAGAAUUCCUUCUUUGGUAGAACCAUGAUGUCCAUGCGUAGUGGCGAGGCAGAAGGCACUCCCCUUCAAAUGAAGUUGGACACCCUUGCUGAGCAAAUUGCCAAAUUAGGUUUUGCUGCUGCUAUUACCAUGUUGAUCGCUUUAGUGAUUAAAUAUUUUGUUACUGCUUUCCUUGCUCCUGAAUUCCCUCCUGCCGGUGAUAUUGCUGCUUCCAUGAUUAGUAUCGUCAUUCAAGCUAUUACUAUCAUUGUCGUUGCUGUACCCGAAGGUCUUCCCAUGGCUGUCACUAUGGCUCUUGCCUUUGCUACUACUCAAAUGCUCAAAGAUAGUAAUCUUGUGCGUGUCUUGGCCGCUUGUGAAACCAUGGGUAACGCCACCGCCAUUUGUUCUGAUAAAACCGGUACCUUGACUCAAAACAAGAUGACCGUUACUCAAGGUACUUUAGCUCAAGAAGAAUUCGAAUCCGAAAAGGAAGCCAAGGACUGGAGCAAGAAGGUAGACAAGAAGAAUGUAUUGCCCUUAAUCUUAGAGACCAUCGCCCUUAAUUCUACCGCUUUCGAAGACAAGACUGAAAAUGGACAAGUUGAAUUUGUUGGUUCCAAGACCGAAUGUGCUUUGUUAGGCUUCAGUAAAAAAUUAGGUAGCAAGUACGAGGAUCUUCGUCAUGAUGCUGAUAUUGUUAAAGUCUAUCCUUUUGCUUCCAAGAGAAAGACCAUGACUACUAUUUCCAAAACCAAGGAAAACUCUGCUUCUUCUACCACUCAAUCCGAAUACCGUAUUCAUGUCAAAGGUGCCUCUGAAAUUGUUCUCGGUACUUGUAAACAUUAUAUCGAUAACAAGGGCGAAGUUCAAGAUUUGACUGAAAAGGUAGCUACUAAAUUUAACACGGUUAUUUCUGGUUAUGCCGAUCAAGCUCUCCGUACUAUUGCUCUUGCCUAUCGUGAUGUCUCUUCUAGUGACUAUAAAGGUGUAUCAGAUGAAGAACCUCCUCUUGAGGAUCUCACAUUGAUUGGUAUUGUCGGCAUUAUGGAUCCUUUACGUCCUGGUGUUGUUGAAUCUGUUGCUGCUUUCCGUGAUGCCGGUGUAUUUGUUCGUAUGAUUACUGGUGAUAAUUUAAAUACUGCUAAAGCUAUUGCUCGUAAUGCUGGUAUCUUGACAAAGGGUGGUCUUGCUAUGACAGGUCCCGAACUUCGUGCCAUGUCUGUUGAAGAACAGCGCAAGGUAAUUCCUCGUCUUCAAGUCUUGGCCCGUUCUUCUCCUACUGAUAAAACUGUGGUCGUGACCCGUCUUCAAGAACAAGACCAAGUGGUUGGUAUGACUGGUGAUGGUACAAACGAUGGUCCUGCACUCAAGUUGGCCGAUGUUGGUUUCUCCAUGGGUAUUGCUGGUACUGAAGUUGCUAAGGAAGCCUCUGAUAUUAUUUUGAUGGAUGACAACUUCAAUUCCAUCUUGAAGGCUCUUCUCUGGGGUCGUGCUGUAAAUGAUGGUGUUCGUAAGUUCUUAACUUUCCAAUUGACCGUGAAUAUUGCCGCUGUGGUUCUCUCCUUCAUCUCUGCUAUUGGUUCUGAAAAUGCUGAAAGUAUUUUGAGUGCCGUUCAAUUACUCUGGGUCAAUUUGAUUAUGGAUACCUUGGCUGCCUUGGCUUUGGCUACUGAACCCCCUACCCAAGAUUUACUUCAUCGUAAACCCAUCUCCAAGAAUGCUCACUUGAUCAAUUUCCGCAUGGCUAAGAUGAUUUUGGGACAAGCAAUUUUCCAAAUUAUUAUCAAUUUAGUUGCCAUCUAUCUCGGUCCUCGUAUCUUCCAUCUUGGUGACUCUACCUAUGAUCAAGAAGUUUUGCGUACCAUGGUCUUCAAUAUCUUUGUCUUCCUUCAAGUCUUUAACGAAAUUAACUGUAGACGUAUUGAUAACACUAUCAAUGUCUUCAAGGAUAUGUUUGACAACUGGAUUUUCCUUGCUAUUCAAGUUGUUGUAGUUGUAGGUCAAUACUUGAUUGUUACCUUUGGUGGUAUUGCUUUCAAGACUGUCCCUUUGACAGGUGAACAAUGGUUGAUUACCGUCUUGAUUGGCUCUCUUUCUAUCCCCGUUGGUACCAUUAUCCGUUUAAUUCCUGAUUGUGGUUGUGAAGGUAAAUACAAUGAAGAGGCCAAGCCUUUAGCUAGUUACUCUCGUAUGAAUUGGGAAGGUGCAAUUGGUGAUGUCCGUAAUGAACUUCGUGUAUAUUCUCUUCUUCGUCGUAACCGUGGUAACUCUCGUGAUAUUCCUCGCCGUUCUUCUACUCGUAACUCUGAAUCGGCAGCAUUCAGUGCACCCAAUACAAGUUAUGGUGCUACUGCAAAUACAGAAGGCCAUGGCAAAAAUCGAUUUGCUAAACUCGUCGCCAAUGCACAAAAGUAUAAGCAACAAGCUUCUGAAGAUAGCGAUGCUACACUUGAAAACUAGGAAAUCAUUUAAAAAAAAAUCAUAUCUUGUAAAUUUACAUAUAUAUUCUCAUUUCUACAUUUUUUAUAUCAAUAAAUAAAAGAUGAAUUACAUAUACAAAC